AUGUGGAGGGGCGGCGCCACCGCCGCCUCCGCCGUGAGGACUCUCCGCUCGCGCCUCCUCGUCGACCCCAUCCACCACCCGGUCACGUCGCUCGCUCCUAUUGCUUCGGCGCGUACCUCCUCCUCCUCUUCGCUCCGUCCACUGCCGUGGCGAACACCAUCGUGGAAGAAGCGGCGGCGGCGGCGGCGGCUGUAUCCGUUUCGCAGCAUACCGGAUCCAUCUCCGACGCGCUGCGGCACUAUGGGAAGUGCUACUGGGAGCUCUCGAAAGCCCGCCUCAGAUAUCACUAGGAUAGGUGCUGCUUCACACGGUUUACUAUUGUUGUAUAUCUAG